AUGGCCUUCUCUGAUGAAGCUCUAAGCACAGUUCCUAUUUCAGCCACUUUCAUGAACAAUGGAACAAUGGAACCACUAGGGAAAUCUUCACAUGCUUGCAGUAGAUAUCUCCCUAACUUGCCAACAGAUUGGAGUCCUGUUGAUAUAAACAUUAGAACAGGAUCAGUUUUUAUCUUUGGAUCUUCAGUGAGAGUCACAUCAGAAACAUGCUGCGUUCUUGUGUUUACCAGAGGAGGCAUGGCCUACGGAGGCAGAAGUAAUGGAGUGGAACAAUGGGAGGAGCCUGAUCAAUAUGGCAGUUUUUCCGACAUGGUUUCAGGCUGUUUUGAGUGCUGCAUCAAAUGCUUGGGGGGUAUUCCCUAUGCCUCCUUGAUUGCCACCAUCUUGCUGUAUGCUGGCGUUGCCCUCUUCUGCGGCUGUGGCCAUGAAGCCCUCUCGGGUACCGUUAACAUCCUGCAAACUUAUUUUGAGAUGGGAAGAUCCGCUGGAGAUACCAUUGAUGUCUUUACUAUGAUUGACAUUUUCAAGUACGUGAUCUAUGGUGUAGCAGCUGCCUUCUUUGUGUAUGGAAUUUUGCUGAUGGUGGAAGGAUUUUUCACAACUGGUGCCAUCAAAGAUCUAUAUGGAGAUUUCAAAAUCACCACUUGUGGCAGAUGUGUGAGCGCUUGGUUCAUCAUGCUGACAUACGUGUUCAUGUUGGCCUGGCUUGGAGUCACGGCUUUUACCUCUCUGCCUGUUUACAUGUACUUCAAUAUGUGGACCAUCUGCCGUAACACCACAUUAAUGGAAGGAACCAAUCUUUGCUUGGACCUCCGCCAGUUUGGGAUCGUGACAGUUGGAGAGGAGAAGAAGAUCUGCACCAUGUCUGAAAAUUUCCUGAGGAUGUGUGAAUCUACUGAGCUGAACAUGACAUUCCACUUGUUUAUCGUGGCCCUUGCUGGAGCAGGAGCAGCAGUCAUUGCUAUGGUUCACUACCUUAUGGUUCUGUCUGCCAAUUGGGCCUAUGUGAAAGAUGCCUGCCGAAUGCAAAAGUAUGAGGACAUCAAAUCAAAGGAGGAGCAAGAGCUUCAUGAUAUUCACUCUACCCGCUCUAAAGAACGACUCAAUGCCUACACAUAAGGAAAUCACCAUCUCUGUCCUUUCUAACAUUUGAAUGCUUUCUUGUUUAACUAAAGGCCAUCCAAACCAUUUCUAAGCAAAACAAAAGUGCUUCUCAAAAGUAAGAUUGGUCGGGUGACUAGUGAAUCAUCCAAGUCUUUCUUGUUAAGCACUUCUUUUCCUAAUUAGUUAAUUUUGUGUGAUUGUAUUCUCUCCUACAAAGCUCCU